AUGGUUCAGUCAAGUUUCAGACCACCACCACCACAGCCUAUCAUGUCUUCUCAGGGUUCACGGCCAGUUAUAAGGGAUACUCCUAUUAUGUCAGUGCAGCAGUCAGUAACCAUUGCCAAGUUCACUUCGAAGUUCUGGGAAGGACUUCAAGCAACGUUUGGUUCAACGUUGCAUCUUAGUACGGCAUUCCAUCCACAGACAGACGGCCAGUCGGAACGUACUAUUCAGAUCUUAGAGGAUAUGCUUCGGAUGGAUAAAGUCCACAAUGUCUUUUAUGUAUCGAUGUUACGGAAGUACGAGCUGGAUCCAUCUCAGAUUUUGAGUUGGGUUGAUGUGGACACUGAUGAGAAUGUUUCCUACGAAGAAGGGCCAGUUCAGAUCCUUGACACAUAG